AUGGCCAAGCAGUUUCCACAAGUCCAGCCGGGGGGGAGCCUGAUCCUGGCCUGGCGCGUCAAGGACAAGAACGUGUUAGUGGUCGGCGGUGGUGAGGUCGCGGCCGGCCGCAUCCUCAACUGCCUCAACGCCGACGCCCAAGUCACCGUCGUCUGCCCCGCCUCCGGGCUCAACGAAGAGGUCGCAUACCGCAUCGCCGAGAAGCAGGUGACGCACAUCGACCGCCUGUUCGAGCCGGCCGACCUCGACAAGGCCGACAUGGUGCUGGUGGCCAUUGACGACCCGGCCGCCUCGACGGUCAUCUGGAAGCUGUGCAAGGAGAAGAGGAUCCCGGCCAACAUCGCGGAUGUGCCGCCCGAGUGCGACUUUUACUUUGGCAGCGUCCACCGCGACGGGCCUCUGCAGGUCAUGGUCAGCACCAACGGCAAGGGGCCGCGGCUGGCGGCGUCGCUGCGGCGGCACAUUGCCAGCCAGUUGCCGCCGAACGUUGGGAAUGCCAUUGAGAAUAUC